AUGUUUCGAAUUGGGGCCCUCAUUGUCUUCUGUGGGCUCCUGGCCCAGACCACAGCCCUGCUGGAAGCCAUGCCCUCGCCCCUGGACCCAACUCUGCCCUCGUCUAUGAUUCCGGACGUGGAAGUGAGUAUCCCAGAUGUUCCCGGAAGCUUGAGCAGUGCUCUCAGCCAUGGCUUGCUCUCUGAGGGUCUGUUGGGCAGUCUCGAAAAUCUUCCACUCUCGGAUGCUCUGAAGGCUGAAGGAGUCACUUCCAGAAGCCUGUUUAGGGGCCUGCUUGGGAAAAUGGUUUCAGCAAUGCCUUUCCUGAACAUCAUUGAUGUGAAGGUCACUAAUCCCCAGAUGCUGGAUCUUGGCCUUGUGAAGAGCCGUGAUGCCCGUGGUCUCUAUGUCAUCAUUCCUCUGGGCAUGACCCUCAAUGUGAAUGUGCCCCUGGUCGGAAGUCUGUUAAAGCUGGUUGCGAAGCUAAAUGUCAGCGCACAACUCUUACCUUUGAAAGAUGACGAGUACAACUUCUACGUGGUCUUUGGCAGCUGCACUCACUCCCCUGGCAGCCUUCACAUCAUCUUGCUUGAAAGAUGGGUCCCCGUCCCCUUUCGUUGCCUCUCCGAAAGACUCGGCAAGAUCCUUCCUGGGCUGGUGCAGGACAAGCAAGACGAUGAGAAAGAUAACAACAAGAAAGUGUAA